CGAUCUUGGGGUGAGGACGUCUUGACGUGUCACCGGGGGACUCUGAGGGAAGUUUCCUCUCUUGAAGCGUCUCUACUUUGAAACGCGCCACACGUCCGAGAUGCGCUGAUAGUUUCUCGACAGGAACCAUGUCCCUGCUGCGGUGUGUCUGCGGGUCAACAUGCAGUGGAGGAGACACGUCGCCGGACUCGCUUUUAGCCUCGUUUUCGUUGUGUCGUAUUUCACGAACAAGUUUGUCCUGUCGGUGCUGAAGUUCACCUAUCCAACAUUAUUUCAAGGAUGGCAGACGUUCAUCGGAGCCGUCCUGCUUCUGCUAUCUGGGAAACUGGGAUGGGUGGAAAUGAGCCGCAUCACCAGAUCUGCAGCUCUGUCCUGGCUUCCAGGCUCAUGCCUCUUCGUGGGGAACAUAUACGCUGGUUCCAGGGCCUUGUCAAGCAUCGACAUUCCUUUUUUCUUCACUCUUCAGAAUUCCUCUCAUGUCGUGAGUUACGUAAUCUUCAGGGCCGUCCACAGAGAAAAGACACGGUGGCCGAAGUUAAUCAGCAUUUGCGUCAUGCUGCUCUCAGCCGUCAACCUUCCUCUGUACGACCCUCAGUUUGACUCCAGCGGCUACCUUUGGGCUGUCUGCCACCUGUUCUGCGUUGGUGCAUACAGAGUGUUUCAAGUUCACUACAGGUCCAGUAACUUGAGUGAUCUUGAGCAGCAGUGCAUCAACUACUUGUUCAGCGUGCUGCUGCUGGCCAUCGCUGCUCACCCGACAGGUGACCUCACAGGUGCCUUGGACUUUCCCUCCCUGCAGUCGCGCACGUUUCACGGCGGAUGCUGCGCCAGCGCUCUGCUGGGGUUUCUGUUGCUGUUGGCCACAGUCAAGCUAAAGAGCGGGCUGUCCCUGGAGCACGUUGGGGUUUGGAUCUUUUUGUCUAAGGUCACGGCCAUGUCCCUCUCCCCGUUUAUCUUCCACACGGACAUCAACACUCCUUCGCUUUUUUGCGUGGUGCUGAGCCACGCCGGAGAGGCGCUGCUGGUUUACGCCGAGAGAGAUUCUCAAACACGAUGACUGAACUUCAGGACGAGUCCACCACUUGCACUCCAUAAAGAGCCUAAAGAGAUUAUUUGUGUAGAACAUGUGUUUUAUUUUAUACCUGCUGCAAUAUUUUUCUAGUUUCUCGUCUGCGCUCCGAUGAUCUGCCGACCAAAUAAAACCAUCUUUGUGUAC